AUGGCGUCCAUCAUCCCUUUCGUACGCCGUAAUUGGGCUUUGGCCUAUCCAGCAAGGCCUGCAAAGAGCCAGGACGCCUUGCGGAUUGGCCUUCUGGGCGCAUCAACCAUCGCACCACUUGCGGUUAUUGGACCUGCGAAAUCUCAUCCAGAUGUCAUUGUUGUAGCUGUAGCUGCACGAGACAAGAAAAGGGCUACUGCGUAUGCGAAGCAGCAUGGUAUUGCAAUCGUACAUGAAUCGUAUCAAGAAUUAAUCGACGACCCCUCGAUCGAUGCCGUCUACAUCCCUCUCCCGAACGGCCUCCACUACGAAUGGGCAGUCAAAGCUCUUAAAGCACACAAACACGUCCUCCUCGAGAAACCCUCCACGUCCAACGCCUCGGAAGCAUCCUCUCUCUUCCGGUCACCCCUCCUCUCCCAGCCAAAUGCCCCAGUCCUCCUCGAAGCCUACCAUUCGCGCUUUCAUCCUGCAUGUUCUGCCUUUCUCGCGCAUAUUGAUCACAAGAAUGUCGUUUCGGCACAUACGACGAUGACGUGCCCGCGUUAUGUAUUUCCAGAAACGGACAUUCGGUUCGAUUAUGAUAUUGGGGGAGGUGUCACGAUGGAUAUGGGUGCAUAUACUACAUUGUUUUUGCGCCUAAUAUUUGGGACUGAACCAGACGAAUGUUUGGAGGCAGUACCUAGACCGAUGCCCAAGGGGUUUGAUCAGAGGUGCGAUCAGGCUAUGACGGCUAAAUGGCGAUUCCCAAAUGGAGGAAUUGGCACGAUGUAUAUCGAUCUGAGUCUACAUGGUCCAGGACCCCUUCCGGGGUUACAAUGGCCGAGGUGCGAGGUUGAACAUCGUGAAACUGUUAUCCAGGAUGAAAGCCUCGGAGAGGGAAGUAAAAAAGAACAUGUGGUUGUCAAGAAAGUCAUCAUUUGGAAUAUGCUUAUGCCUGUGGUGUGGCAUCGAAUCGAUAUUGUGGAGCAUCACUCUAUCCGAAGCUCAUCUGACAAACAACCCCUCAAAACUUGGACGACAACCGUGUAUCAGAAGGCCUAUACCUGGCAGGACGAAGCUCGAAAAGGUCAAGGACACGAAUCUUGGUCUACGUACAGACACCAACUGGAGCAGUUUGUGUACAGAAUCAAAGGCAGAGGGUCAUCUUCGGGUAUCUGGAUGGAAGGCGAAGAUUCCGUGAAACAAAUGGAGAUGAUUGAUUCUGCCUACAGGAAAGCCGGUUUACCGCUCAGACCUACGAGCCAUUAUCGAGAGACAGUCUGA